AUGCCUGACUCUUCAGAAAGUUGCUGGGAAAGGUAUUAUGGCGUUGGCGAGACACGCCCGCUGCGACAGAAUGGCCUAUCAUGGAUGGACCCAAUCUUCCCAUCUCUUGACCCGCAGACACUCGAGAUCAUCGAACCACACUCUGAAAUAAUUCCACAACCGUCUCCUCCCGAGCUGGACGAUCUUCUCCUCUCGGAGCGACAGCAACUUUCAAGUCUCUCGGGGUUGCGAACCUGGGAAGCUGCGGUAUUGGCAAAGACGGAAGCCUAUACUGCAACGGGCGAGAGGCAAGCAAUGAAUAGCAACGAAAUACAAGUCGACGAGUCGUCUUGGCUGCCUGUUUGGUCAAGGGACCGUUGGAUGAUUGACUUCAUUGCGCCUCCUAGUUCGUCCACCAAUUGGUCUGGAUCGCGUCUCUGGAGCGCGCACGAUCCGAUCAUCUGGGGCGUUCUUAAAAAGGCGAUACAAAUUGCUGAUAACAUCGUGCGGAAAUCCCUCGAAGGAGACUGGCUACAAUCUCUGCUCAUCCCGGAAAACCUUGAGAGCCAUGAAACGACACUUCUGUCAGGUUCGAGUAAGGUCGGCAAAAUCUGGAGAAUGAAAUCAUCUCCCAUCAUUCGCAAACCUGCGAAAGAACUGAUCAAGCUGCUGUCCUCGCCUUCCCUUUUAAACAGAAUAUUUUGGACUUUCAACGACAAAACAACCUUGAACUCAUAUCAGCCGGACGGAAUCAUCAAGGGAUUGACGGCACCAUACGAUUUAUCGGAAGGGCCAAUCACGGUCUUCGUCAACAUUUCUGGGAUAAAGACGCUUCUGGAUGCAAACGCCACUCAAUCUUCCAAGAGUGCGGCGCUGGUGUGUCUUGCAGACACUCUAGUUCACGAACUCAUGGUAACCCCACACCGAUUCUGGGUGUUUUUCCUGAGGACACCUAACUUGAGCAGUGAGGUCCUGCUACAAAAAUUAGGAGUCCCGCUUCACGGUUUUGAGAUCUUCGGCCCACAGGAACACCAGUGCGAGCUCGGGUGGUCAUUUGAACAACAUGCAUUUGGAGGCACUGUGUUUGGACUUAUCCCCAAACGCGAUAGAAACUUGCUCAGCAUAAACUAUGCGCCAUUGAUUCUAUCCAUCAACAGGUUCCCUCAUGUAUCUGAUCCUACACUUACCUAUGACUUCCUUUUGGAUAGCCCCACCAUCAAAACGAGUUGGCCUCUGCCAUCACUUUGGCAUACUUCCCUUUCUUCCGAGGCUUUCUGGACUCAAAUCGUUUCCAAGUAUGGUUAUUCGAGCCUGAAGGCACCCAAAAUGCUCGAGGUCACGAGAGAGAACGGAAAUCGGGGCUUUUACCAACCUUGGGUUUGGACUAUCGAAAAGUCGGCUUGGUUCAAGCAAGGCUUCGUCCCUCAAAAUUUCCAGGCUGAUGAGCUCAGGAUGUCAGCGAGGAGUUUGCACAGCCGGCGGCUCAAGUAUCAGAGAAUGCGCCCGUGGUUCAAAGACACAUUCGCAAUGUGGCAGAUGACGCCUUACAGCCAGGUCGAUCCUCGACACAGACUUUCAUGUCUAACGAUUCCGCUAGCUCGCAGGAACCAACGUGACGAAUUUGACACAGAUUGUCUAGUUAAUGUAUUGAUUCACCCGCUAUACGUGGAUUAUAACCAAUACGGCGUACUCGAAUAUGGAGUUUUUCCACGAAACUUUCAAGCUCGCAUUCAUGAUGAGAAUAAGACGCAGUGGUUCUGGCGGGCCAUAGGGUUUCUCUUGCUAGCCUCGCUACCUGCACGAGCAGAGGAAGUCGUACCGGCGAAACAGCCAAAACGACUACUAUCGAACCCUUGGACUAUCUCCCAAAGUCUCCCGCUCAGCCAGUCAACAAAAGACGCCAUCCAGGCACAGAUUAAAACAGCAUGUGCGGAAAGAUGGUUUUACCCGCCGUUCAAGUUAGUAAGGCGACACAUGCAAGAUCCCAACGACCCAUAUUUGGCACGCAGUGAUCGCCACAGUAACAUUGAUCUAGCAGAGACCGCAUUCAAUACAUACACGUCACUCUGCAUAGAGCCAGCCGGUUUGCGAGACGCCUUUGAAGCCGAAUGCUCAAGCUUAAGAGCCCAAUUGGAUGCCGACUUUGCAAACGACUACACCUCGUGGCUUGACUUCCGUUUUCAAGUGCCUCAAUACCCUGGGCAAACCUACGAUGGUAGGGCACUUUCACUAUUGGACUUUCAUCGUUCAAGUGCAAAUCCUGGGAACUCUACAGACAAGGACAGUGGAGACAGAGCUGCCGAGAUAUUCCACGGAGAAGACCCGGCAAAACACCCCUCCCUAGACUUGCCGGCUUUUGCGAAGGCUGGCAUCGUCACUGUACCUUCAAAGCAGGGUGAGAGUCAUCAACGAUAUCAGCUACCAUACUACACAGUGGCUGAGCUGUACGAUCACGCGAAAGUACUCGGAGAUGAGCUGAUCCUGGUCGAGAAUGGGCACCACCUGGAUGUUCACAAAUGUUCUGCCAUCUGUCGAUCGCUCGAGCUUGAUGAGGACGAACUGCCUGAGUUCACCAAGCCCACUUUCUACGGCACUCAGUUGACUGGUUACGGAGUGGAAUGUCUCUACGAAGCUGACAUACUUUCCUUGCCCUUGGGGCGAGUGGUUCGCAUCUUGCGGGAAGAUGACAUUGCUCAGUGUGAUGGAACCGGUGGGGAUCCGUUAUGGAUCCGCAUACACAACAGCGUUUUUGAUAUCACUCACUUGAAAUGCUUAUCAGAGCCGGCACUACGGAGGCUCUUGGCGAGUAACCCAAGUGGAGAUCCAUCUCUUGAAUUGCUGCAAGAUGGGUACUCUCUUGACGAGAUCAAGAAGUCUCUUAAACCGUGGCGGGUUGGCAUGCUAGCCAAAGCUCCAAACGUAGUUGCCGACAGGCAUUCUGUCAGAACCUUCACGUCCCGAUCACUCAGAAGACACGAGUUCAGAGAGACAGGGAUGUAUGUUGCGAUUGAGAACAAGGUUUACAACAUCACUGACUAUGCCGAAACACAUCCAGGGGGGCUCCAGUGUUUGGUCGAAAAUGGUGGACGAGACAUUACAGAUCUCUUCAAUAAGUACCACCAAACAAAUCGCAACCGGGUUCUCAAAGGCUUGCAGGAGUUGUACAUUGGCAAUUUGAUCGAGCAGCGACAAGAAUAUGCAGAUGAUGAUAUGGAAAGUCUUGUUAAUGACAGGCCUGUGCUUCCACAUGAAAUCAGAUUCGGCAGGGAGGUCUUCUCGGUGGAAGCUCUCAAAGACUCAGAGGAGCAUGAAAAGUUCCCCGACCUUGCAGAUUCUCUUUCUCCCUACCUCGGACUCGAUGCCACGGAGGCUCUGCAAGCAGAAGAGUAUGAUGACGGGCCCCUCAUGCGCUUUGCUUGUCUCAGGGGCUACAUUGUAGCAACAGUCGAGGCAAUAGGCUACAGUCUUCCGGAAAUCGAGCCAGAGGAACUCAGAAUGUUCGAUGGACAUACCGACGAGGGCCGUGAUAUCCAAUACGACGCAUUCGUGGCUUCAGAUGGCUUCGCCUACGAUUUAACAGCUGCGAUGCUUUACGGAUCAUGCAAUCCCAUCUACUCCAAGUUCAAACCCUUCCUCGGAGGUAUUGUAGGGGAUGAGGAGUUAAGAACGUACCUUGACACCCAUUGCGAAAAUCUCAUCUGUGCGGUUCUAGUACAGGAAAAGAACGAAGAGAAUGGUAGGCGCAUUGUCAACUGGGAUCCUAGGAAAAAGGUUGCUCCCCGGUAUAAGAUGCCUAUCUGGGCCAAUCGCCCUCGAAAGGCUCCGAAACCACCGGCAGAAGACGACAUUGCUCCUCACAUUGACACCAUAGAAAAGGCCAAAGAAGUCGCAAGAGAGGAGCAGUCCGAGAAGAAGGAAGUAUUCGAGCCCACUCCGACGGCAACCUUUCUUCAAAACAUGAUCAAUCAACUUGACGAGGUCAAUCAGCCCAGCUUGGCUAUGGAGCUCGAGGAGGAAGAAUCUCGAACCAGCUGUAACAGAAACACUAAAGGCAAGGAACCGGAAAGUAAGGCAAGUAGUUCAAAGACGCGACAAUUGAGCAGAUUGGAGGCCGAUCUCAGACGUCGCAAGGACGAAAAGAUCAUGAGGGAGAUAGCCCGAACAUGGCAAGAGGUGAUUGCCUCAGAUGAAUCAACUCUACCGGCUGCUUGCCCGCCUCAGAACAGCGCCAAGGACACAGUUGGUAGUGCGCUUCAAGAGAAACAAUCAGAGGAAGGAGAAUGUAGUGCCCAACAAGACGCCGCUCCGCCCGGUAUGUCGAGGAGAGCACUCGAGGUCAUCAGAAAGCGCAAGCCUGUGUUCGAGAUCGAUGAGGGCCCCCCGAGGAAGCGACGAUAG